CUGCUCUGGGGCUUCAUCAUCUGGGUGCUCGUCGACGAGACGGGAUCGUCAAGCGAAGUGACGCGUUGGACGAAGUGGAUCACGAGUAACUUUACGUGGCUGUACGUCGUCACGCAGGAUGUCUGGUUUAUCUUCAUCUUGUAUCUUUUGGGUACAAAGUACAAAGACGUGAAACUCGGUCGCGACGACGAAGAACCCGCCUUUGACUAUUACGAAUGGUUUUCCAUGAUGUUUGCGUGCGGUAUCGGCGUUGGUCUGUACACUUUCAGCGUCAUGGAACCCAUCAGCUACUACCGCGGCGUCGUGUCAAAGCUUCCGAUCGUCAACGACGAUCAGCGCGCGCAGCAGGCGAUCACGCUCACGCUCUUCCACUGGGGCCUUCACGGUUGGAUUCCGUACGUCCUCGUCGCGAUGACUUUGGGCGUCGUGUGCUACCGUCACGGACGUCCGAUGACUAUCCGCUCCGCGUUUUAUCCGCUCUUCGGCGAAAAUAUCAACGGUCUCUUCGGCGACGCGAUCGACGCGUUGUCCAUCGCGACGACGACGUUCGGCGUGUGCACGUCCCUCGGGCUCGGCGUCACGACGAUCGCGUCUACGAUGAACCGCUUGAACAGCGAUGUGGAUCCAAACGAUGACGCCACCAAGAUCCUAAUCAUCUGGUUGAUCACUGCCGUCGCAUGUACGUCGGUCAUUUUGGGUUUGAAGAACGGCAUCAGAAGGCUUUCCAAGAUUACGUUCUCCAUCGGUCUCAUCUUGCUCUUUGGAAUCAUCGUCGCGGACAACCCUUGGUUCUUACUCAACUCUUUCGUGCAAUCGAUGGGUCAUUACCUUAACACCAUGUGGGGCGUGCGAACCGACGACGGUUUCAUGAACACGUGGACCCUCUUCUAUUGGGGGUGGUGGAUUUCGUGGGCCCCGUUCGUCGGCAUGUUCAUCGCCAGGAUCUCGCGUGGUAGAACCGUCGGUGAAGUCAUCAAGGGUGCAUUCAUCGCGCCUAUUUUGUUUGGUUUCUUUUACCUCACCGUUUUGGGCUCCCUCGGAAUCAAAAUGGAGCGCAUCGCCGAGCUCGCGUUGACGACGGCGCCGGCGGACGUCGACUGGCGAAGCGGCGACCCUUACGGCAAAUUAUCGACGCUCUUUCAAGCGAUGAUUCUCAUCGCCAUCAUCCUGUACUUUAUCACGUCGUCGGAUUCUGGAUCGUACGUCGACGACUUGAUCUCCGCCAUGGGCUACGAAAAUCCGCCAGUGUUGCAAAAGGUUUACUGGGCGUGCACCGAAGGCGCGCUCGCGCAAGCUUUGGUGACUUCCGGCGGCUUGAAAGUGGUGCAAGGCGUCUCCAUCGUCUGCGGUUUGCCGUUUACGUUUGCUCUCAACUUUAUGGUCGUCUCUCUCUGGCGCGCGCUGAAGGAUGAA